AUGAUUAGGUGCAAAUGGGUCCCCGCAAAAGUUAACAUACACGCUUGGAGAAUGGAGAUGGAUAAAGUUCCUUCCGCUGAAGCCUUAAUAAGGAGAAAUAUAGGUGUCCACUCAACCUUAUGCCCGACGUGUAACUCGGAAGAAGAAACCGUCGACCAUAUGUUUGAUACGUGUAUUAUUGCCGCAAAUGUUUGGAAUGGUGUAAGGGUUUGGUGUAAGAUCCCUAACAUUUACGCUUUUUAUCUCAAAGACCUUUUAUCUAUCUUCAAAGACCUCGAUGCAACGGAGAAGAAAAAGGAAGCGGUUCAAGGAAUUAUAUUGAUUCGUUGUUGGAGCUUGUGGCGAGCUAGGAACAAUGCUAAAUUCUCCAAUACCCCGAUUAGAAUAGAGAACAUUUUGAGUGAGAUUAAGGCUUUGGGUUUUUUUAUGGUUUUCCUAUAG